AAGUGGCGUCAAAGACCGCUUUUCUUCGGAUAUUCUUGGGCAAAUUAAUGAAAACAAAAUAGUUCUUCUUUGUUUUGAUAACUAACAAUUAACUGACCGUCAUAUUUUAGAGAACUUGAUGAAUUUAUGUUUCCCAUCCGAGAUUGUGUUCUAUUGUGGUAGAAUAAAACUGCCCCUCAAAUACCGGAACGAAAAUUAAUUAUAGAACUACUUUUGAGACUUCGGUCGAUGGACUAUGAGUGGUUGAUAGGGGAAUAUAAAUAAAUGUUUACAUUUGCCUCGUGACUGUUGUGAAGGAAAGAGGAGGCAAGAAUUUAUUCGCAUUCAGUUUUUGUUCAUCCAAAAUGCCGAGAGACAAAGCUGCCGAACAAUUAAGCGAAUACAAAGAGAGCCAAAAGGGCAAGAGUGAAGUAUUAACAACAGCUUCUGGAUGUCCUAUUGGUGAUAAAUUGAAUUCUUUGACCAUUGGCCCAAGGGGUCCUCUACUGUUGCAAGAUGCUGUCUAUUUGGAAGAAAUGGCUCACUUUGAUAGGGAAAGAAUCCCAGAGAGAGUUGUGCAUGCGAAAGGUGCAGGAGCUUUUGGUUACUUUGAAGUGACUCACGAUAUCACAAAAUACUGCAAAGCUAAAAUCUUUAGUGAAAUAGGAAAAAAAACACCACUUCUUGUCAGAUUUUCUACUGUUGGUGGAGAGUCUGGUUCGGCUGACACCGUGAGAGAUCCUCGAGGCUUUGCUGUGAAGUUCUAUACCGAAGAUGGGAAUUGGGAUCUAGUUGGAAAUAACACUCCCAUCUUUUUCAUCAGAGAUCCUCUGCUCUUUCCUAGUUUCAUCCACACACAGAAAAGAAAUCCUGUCACUCAUUUAAAAGAUGUUGACAUGUUUUGGGAUUUCAUCUCAUUGCGACCUGAAACUACCCACCAGGUGUCCUUCUUGUUUUCUGACAGAGGUAUUCCUAAUGGUUACAGACACAUGAACGGUUAUGGAUCACACACUUUUAAACUUGUGAAUGAUGAUGGUGAAGCUGUUUACUGCAAAUUCCACUACAAAACUGAUCAAGGAAUCAACAACCUUCCCGUAGAGAAAGCCAAUGAGCUGUCUGGAUCAGAUCCUGAUUAUUCUCUAAGAGACCUCUACAAUGCAAUAGCUGCUGGAAAAUAUCCAUCCUGGACAUUCUACAUUCAGGUCAUGACCUUCAAGCAAGCCGAAACAUGGAAGUUCAAUCCUUUCGAUCUCACAAAGGUAUGGUCCCACAAGGAAUUUCCUCUGAUUCCCGUAGGAAAAAUGGUUCUGAACAGGACUCCCACAAACUAUUUUGCUGAAGUUGAACAGUCUGCUUUCUCUCCGGCCGAUUUAGUGCCGGGCAUCGAACCCAGCCCUGACAAAAUGCUUCAGGGACGUUUGUUUGCUUAUACAGACACCCACAGACACAGACUCGGCACAAACUACCUCCAGAUUCCUGUCAACUGUCCCUACCGUGCGCGACCCAGAAAUUACGAGAGAGAUGGACCUCAGUGUGUGACUGAAAACCAGGAUGGUGCCCCCAACUAUUAUCCGAAUAGCUUCAGUGGUCCUGAACACAAUUCUAAAUACAAAACAACACCUCACAAAGUGAGUGGAGAUGUUGACAGGUAUAACAGUGCUGAUGACGACAAUUUCACUCAAGCUGGUAUAUUCUACAGAGAGGUAUUGAAUGAGGCAGAGAAAAACAGAUUGGCAGAUAAUAUUGCUGGUCACCUUGUGGAUGCUAAAGACUUUAUUCAAGAGAGGGCGGUCAAGAACUUCAGCCAAGCAGAUCCUGAUUAUGGUAAACGCAUCAAGGAGAGGCUCACCAAAUUAAAACAAGAACGAGCCAAGAUAUAAGGUCCGAUUGAUUUGUUUCUCUUUUUGGAAAGACUCUUCUGUUUUUAUAUAUAUAUAGUGUAACAUUCCUUUUAUAAGUAUAAAGUGAUUUAAAAUAAAUUUACAGCUAUUGUUUUUCA